GGUUAUGUAUUAUGUGGAAAAUUUAAUAAUAGUUUUGUUCGUGAAUAUUGAAUAAAUGAAUAUUUAUUAAUCAUAUCAUUUUGUGUGAAUAAUAUUAGUGAAAUUUAUUCUAAAUUGUACCUUUUAUAAGUUUCUUCAAUUAUGUCAUUGCUAACAAGAUUAUUACCAAGUUUUUUGAAUGGAUUGAAAAUUACAUCUGUUCAGCCAUUUGCAUCUUUUCACUCACUAACUGCUGAUAAAGCUAUUCAAACGAAUCCAGGAGGAUUGUUCAAUGUUAUCACUAGAUCCAUAAUUCGAAUUCACUUCCCAAGACCAUCAGAAAGGAAAAGAAUUAAAAAGCACGGAUGGGACACCAGGAUGAAAACUGCAGCUGGACGACGAGUUUUGAUGAACAGGAUUCUUAAAGGGAGAUUUGUGUACAGUCAUUAGGG